AUGCACUGGUCGGAGCGCCCGGUCACCUGGACUCGGGAGGAUCACCCGGCCGUCACGCCGAACCCGGGUGGUUACGCCCUUGUCCUCAACCCCACCAUCAUCACACCUCAGCGCACGUGCAAGUUCUCCCGGGUUUUCAUCGACGGCGGCAGCAGCAUCAACAUCCUCUACCGCGACACCAUGACCAUGCUUGGCCUCGAGGCCAAAGACCUGGAGCCGACCCGGACGAUCUUCCACGGCAUCGUUCCCGACUUCUCAUGCUCUCCAAUCGGCCGGGUCCGACUCGACGUCCUUUUCGGCGACAGCAGCCACUUCCGAUGCGAGCCAAUCUGGUUUGAAGUGGUGGACCUGUCUAGCGCGUACCACGCGCUCGCCAAGUUUAUGGUGGUCCCCCACUACGCCUACCUGAAGAUGAAGCGGCCGGGUCCGAAGGGCCUUGUCACCAUCACCGGUGACUACCGCAAGUCCCUGGAGUGCGCCCGAGACGGUGCCAAACUGGCCAAGUCACCGAUCAUAGCUGAGGAGCGGCGCCAGCUCGACCGGGUCGUCACCCUGGCCAACGAGACGUCUGCCGCGCUGAUCCCGGCCGAAGAGUCGGCCGACGAGGCCUCGUUCAAGCCCUCCAAGGAGACCAAGAAAGUGAAGCUGAACCCGAAAGACCCCAGCUGCAGCAAGUAUGUUGUCGUGGGAACCCGCCUCGAUAGCAAAUAG